AUGGACGCUGUUGGCACUCAGGCCUACUCCAGCUCGAGAGCGAGUUGUGGACGCGAUUCAACUCCGUCAUGGUAUAUCCCCCCAGAAUGGAUUGACGCAAACCAAUCACCGCCAAAGACGAUCAUUGAAGCGGCUCAGUUGGCUUCCAAAGUCGCCAAAUCGAAUCCCGAGCGAAACGUUCCAUUCUCGAAUAUCCCCCUUUUGGUCCAUCAAAAAUGGGAUACUACUAGACUAAACGGCACAAAGGAGAUGAUUGUUUCCUACAUCGAAGAUUGGCUGGUGGCUUCCAUCUCACCCCCUUCUGGAAUGCGCCGGAUGGCGUAUUUUCUUUGGGACAACGAAGGCGUUUUGUCAUUGAUUAAGGAGUAUGAGAAGGAUUUGACGACUGAUUUUAUCGAAGUAUUUUCCCCGGUGGAGAAGGUUGAUAUUUUCCGGAUAAUAGCUUGCAAAUGGUUUGGUGGCAUUUACGGUGAUGUUGAUACAAAACCUCUUCAACAUCCAUCUACAUGGAUUGACACAGCCGAUGUCUCCGAAUGGGCUGAUGAGACGACUGGGAAAAGAUAUGGUUUGGACAACACCGUAUUAACACGUCUGAGCCAAAGCCACGAACAGUCGCAGCCAGUUAAUGCAAUCUGGGGGAUCGAAUGCGAUGCGGAUCCGAAUACGGAUGACCACUGGCGCUGGGCGUACACUUAUCCCGUUCAGCUCACAAACUGGGCAUUUGCGUCCGCUCCGAAGCAGCCUAUCCUCCAGUAUUUCCUGGACCGUAUAGUUGAGAAAGCGCAAGAAGCCAGGGAUAGAGCCCGGAAUACGCCGGGUGUCGACAGUGUCUCUGACUUGCAUUACGACCCAGUCGUACGAACCGGACCGGUGGCUGUUACGGAGGCUACCAGUUGGUGGUUGGAAGAGAAGGAUGGUUUGAGAUGGAAUGCUCUAACUGGACGAGAAGAUGGUGGAAAGACAAAACUAGUCGGUGAUGUGAUCAUUCUUCCUAUAACCGGAUUCAGUCCGACACAAGAGAAAUACAGCAGAAUGGGUGAAAAACCUUGGGACGACCCCGAAGCUAGACUUGCCCAUACAGCCAUGGGCUCAUGGCAUCACACGAAUCUCAUAGUAGAAUAUGGCAAAUUCUGCCGCACUUGGUUUGGCUUGUUCGAAGUAGAAGAAGAGAAUUGGAAAGUUUUCAAAGCGAAGUAG